GAAGUCGGCGGCUCACCGUCUGCUUCGUAGUCGGUCAGGUCCAAGAAACCCUCCCGCCGCCGUCCGUCUUCUACAGUACGGCUAUCUAAAUCUUUCGUUGGCCGGACCGGUCCGGGCCGGGCUGGAGUGAGAACUAUCGACCCGAGUCAAAAGUUGUUAAUUGCGUCGUUGACUCCAGCUGCCCAACCGCCCAAAGAUUGGGCCGCAAUAGCCACAAACGUGUUCGUUUGAGGACUCCAUCCACCGCCCCAGCCACAAGUAACACAGCUCCGGCACUCUAUCGUUGCCCGCUUCGAUCCCUUGGUCACCGCCUCUCGCCUCCGCUUCGGGCGAGUUUCCUUCCCGCUCUGCUUCCCGGCGGAUGGCCUGCGUAGUCUCCGCCCCUACCUUUCGCCUCGAGGCGGUGAAAUCUCGCGGAGCAGCUUGCGGAGCGAGGUCGGGGUCAUGUAUAGUACGUCAUUCAGGUUUAGACAGCUUAGCGGUGAGAAGGAGCUUCUUGUGUCAUCAUUCUUUCUCCCAAAAGGUGUCCUACAGGGUUCGGGCAGCAGCUGUGACAGCUUCACCCACGUUUCUAGAUAAUGCAGAAGAAAGAAAACUGUUGGCUGAAAAGUAUGGAUUUAUGCAAAUUGGGAAACCACUUCCAGAUAAUAUUACCAUGAAGGACAUCAUGGAUACAUUGCCUAAGAAGCUAUUUGAAAUUGAUGACAUGAAAGCCUGGAGGUCAGUUUUAAUAUCUGUGACUUCAUACGCAUUGGGAAUUUUUAUGAUUGCAAAGGCUCCAUGGUAUUUGCUUCCUCUGGCAUGGGCAUGGACUGGCACAGCAAUUACAGGGUUCUUUGUGAUAGGUCAUGAUUGUGCCCACAAAGCAUUCUCAAGGAACAAAUUAGUUGAAGAUAUUGUUGGAACUCUAGCCUUUUUGCCUCUAAUAUACCCUUACGAGCCAUGGCGGUUUAAGCAUGAUAGACAUCAUGCUAAGACAAACAUGUUAGUUCCCUAUUACACUUUUCAUUUUAGUUUUCUUAUAUUUGCUUUUUUAAUCUUAGAUUCCUUGGAGACGGAGCAUCUUCAAGAAUUAUAUUCUAGCUCAUUAUCCAUACACAAUCGAUUCAGUAACAAUAUAAUUGAGUAUGGUAAAUAUACAUGUGCUCAACUAAGAAACUCAAAGAGAAGGUUAUCAGAAGAUACUGCUUGGCACCCUGUAAUGAGAGAUGAGUUCGAGUCCUCCCCUCUCAUGAGAAAGGCGAUAAUAUAUGGUUAUGGACCUUUGAAGACUUGGAUGUCAAUUACUCAUUGGUUGAUUUGGCAUUUCAAUUUGAAAAAGUUCCGGCCUGCAGAAAUUGGAAGGGUGAAGACUAGCUUGGCGUGUGUUUUUGCAUUUAUGGCAAUUGGGUGGCCACUGAUUAUUUACAAGACGGGAAUCACAGGAUGGAUCAAGUUUUGGCUCAUGCCAUGGUUGGGAUAUCACUUUUGGAUGAGUACCUUCACAAUGGUCCACCAUACCGCACCUCACAUACCUUUCAAAACAUCAGACGAAUGGAAUGCCGCUCAGGCACAACUCAAUGGAACAGUUCAUUGCAAUUAUCCGCGUUGGAUUGAGAUCUUAUGCCACGAUAUCAAUGUUCAUAUCCCCCACCAUAUUUCUUCGAGGAUUCCGAGUUACAAUCUCCGGGAAGCUCAUAAGGUGCUCCAAGAUAACUGGGGAGAGUAUCUCAACGAGGGCAACUGGAACUGGCGUCUGAUGAAGACGAUACUGACCGUGUGUCAUGUGUAUGAUCACGAGCGGUACUACGUGCCGUUUGAUGAAAUUGCUCCUGAUGAAUCCUACCCCAUCCAAUUUCUGAAGGAAACCAUGCCUGAUUAUGCAUGAUAGAGUUGCAACUCAACUUUCAUUUCUAUUUUUUUCCCCCCUUCAUUUUUUUUUAUCAACCAAAUGAGACGAUUAGAGUCCAAGACAAGUUUAUGGUGCUCAGAUUUGUCACUUUUCCUCUGAAGAGAUGCUGAAAUUUUGACUUAUCACAAGGACAACAAUGUGACCUUCUUAUCCAGAAUUUGCAUACAUACAAGAUUGGUUGUUGUGGUUUCGGCUUUCA